AUGCCCAUAGGCCGGGGCCCACACAUAGACCUGAGCCCACAAGGCCCCCACGUCGUGCGCAACUACGCCAUCCCCUCCAAGGACCACGCCGGCCAGCCUGCCCUCAGCGUCUUCCGGAGCACGACGCCGCUGCCCUUCCUCUACAGCUUCUCCGUCUACUUCACGCACCCGGGCGCCUCCCCGGACACCAGCCACGCCGAGGAGCUCUACAGGACGCUCAUCAGCGGGCCCCACUACCAGACCAACAGCGUCGAGUUCCGCCUGGACUUCUACUUCCUCCCCGGCGCCAGCCAGGAUGACUGCAUAGCCCACUACCGCGCCGAAAAGGACGCCCGCGGCACCUACGAGGCCCAGGUCGACGCGGCGGCUAGCGGCAACCACGGCGGCGGCGGCGGCGGCAGCGGCAGCGGCAGCGGCCUGCCGGGCCUGGUCGCCUCGUACGCGCAGCACGACAGGGCGUCCUACCGGUACUACGGGCUCCUGCUCGUGUGCGACGCGGCCGACUGGCGGGGGGGCGACCAGCUGCUAACGCGCGUUGAGUUCGACCCGCUGUCGCGCGACGACUAUGAGCGGCACAGCAAGGACCCCGGCGACCCGUGCGAGCCCGACGUGCUGCCUGAGACCGAGGCCGUGCCCGAGGCGCUGACCGAGGCGAGCCCCGGCCACGGCAGGGAGCUGCCGCGCCCGCACUUUGGCGUGCGCGCCCUUGAGAACACGCUGUGGGAGAGGCCUGGGUAUCGGUACUGCAUGUCUCAGUGGAACGGAGCAAGCUACACGGUGCCCCAGACGAUUGAAACCGAUACUCCGCUUCCAAUAAGGGAUGGCACGACUGCUGAUUGCAAAGACUAUAUGAGCGUUGUAUCCGGGUAUCGCUAUUGUAUCCGUGUGGACGACAUCAUUCCCGACCCAGAGGCCGACGACUCCACCCCUGUGCCCAGCACCACAGCCGGCUCAACCACGACUGUUUCCUCCCCGACAACCAGCGCCGCGCAGCCGACCGCUACGGCUCCCGCCCCAACCCAAGACGGCAUUGCGGCAAACUGCAACAGCUGGCACAUAGCUGGGGACGGGCUGUUCUGUUACGACAUUUCGGUCAAGUACGGCAUCACAUUGGAGCAGUUUUAUGCAUGGAACCCGGCUGCGGCUCCGGACUGUGGCGGGCUCUGGGGUGGAUAUGCCUACUGCGUCGGAGUCUCAUCUUGA